UAAACUUCAACUAUACAUUUAAAUUGCAAUACUGAAACAUUGACAUUGACAAAAAUCCCAUCGGAUUUGAUAUCCAAGAUGGUUCGAGACUCCGAUCGCGCCGAAGGCGAUGAGCGCCACGGUCGUAAACGCCGUGCCAACGACGAACCGCAAGACGACCUCCCCCAGCCAUACAAUGCCAAGUCGCUUCAACCAGCAAAGCGACGCGCCCUCUCUCCUUCCGAACAGCCUCGGAAAUUGAAGCGUCCCGGCGCGCGUGCGCGUAUCUCAGAAGCCGAGCGAGAAGCUAUCAGACAACGCCAGCUUGACAGAGAACGAGAGGCUGCGGCAGACGAUGCCCAUGAAGCGGAACAGGAGAGAAUCCGAAACAACAGCGAUCUUGUGAGACAACACUACAACAAUGUACCAGAGCGUGGUCGCGACUGGCGAACGAGAGACAGCAAGAUCAAGGGACUGCGCGUUUUCAACAAUUGGAUCAAGAGCUGCAUCAUUCAGCGAUAUUCACCAGACGAAGACCAUACCCCUGGCUCGCGCGAGGCUGGACGCUCCAGCGGCAAAGACCUUCUUGUGCUCGAUAUGGGAUGUGGAAAGGGUGGCGAUUUGAACAAAUGGCAGCAGGCUCCUCAGCCUAUUCAGCUCUACGUUGGUCUGGACCCGGCUGACGUGAGUAUUGAACAAGCUCGCGAUCGCUACAGAACUUUGGGUAGCCGUGGCGGACGAGGUGGGCGAGGAGGCCACCGACGACCGGCACCUCGCCUUUUCGAUGCUCGUUUUCACGUUAAGGACUGUUUUGGCGACACCAUCGAGAAUCUUGAAAUCAUUCAGCAAGUCGGCUUCGACCCGUCACCCAUGAACCGCCGAGGCUUCGACGUUGUCAGCAUGAUGUUUUCCAUGCACUACGCUUUCGAAUCCGAAAAGAACGCGCGGAACAUGCUGCGCAACGUCGCCGGUGCACUCAAGAAGGGAGGGCGAUUUAUAGGCUGCAUUCCCAACUCUGAUGUUUUAGGCGAGCGAGUUCGCAAGUUCAACGAGGAGGCUGCGGUCAAGCGCGAAGCCAAGAAGGAGGCGGAGAAGGACGGCGAAGGCUCAACAACCCCGCAGCAGACAGAACCCGAGGACGGAGAACUGGAAGAGGGUGAGGAGGAGCCGACUGCUGAAUGGGGCAACUCUAUCUAUCGAGUGCGCUUCCCUGACAAGACACCAGACGAUGGUGUGUUCCGACCUGCAUUCGGCUGGAAAUACAACUUCUUCCUGGACGAGGCUGUGGAAGAGGUACCCGAGUAUGUCGUACCGUGGGAGGCUUUCCGUGCUCUUGCCGAAGACUACAAUCUCGAACUGCAAUUCCACCGCACGUUCCCCGAGAUCUGGGAGGCAGAGAAGGAUGAUCGGGAGUUAGGCCCCCUGAGCGAGCGUAUGGGCGUACGUGAGCGUGGCGGUGGUCCCCUACUCGUAUCUGACGAGGAAAUGGAAGCCGCUAGCUUUUACGUUGGUUUUUGCUUCUACAAGGUCUAAUCCCUUGUACCGAUAUAGGAAACGGCAUUAUGGGCUUGGCGUUAGGGAGCAUGAUAUGUGUUAUAUAUAUAAGAGAGGAGUUGCUAUUGCAUCGAGAGCCUAGUAAAACAAGAAAAGAAAAGAUGAUGUUAUUAUAUUUAUUUGCGACCAAGCUUGUCAAGGGAACUGGGUAUCAUUUUCUUUGUAAAUAGGAAAUAGAACUCCUUCUCAUGCAAUUAUAGGUAACCUUCAACGACCAUGACCCACAUCCGUUCGACUGUAUACAAGCUUUGAUUUAGCAAUUAUAAAGCGUUAGUUGCACGCCGCCAUAUUGUCAAUGCAGCAACGCCCGCACAAGCUGUUGCUCCAAGUGCGAUGUACAGACUCGUUCUGUCAGGCCCUUCUUCGUUACUCCUGGGGAACGCAGUGCUAGGGGUCGUGGCAGCAUCUGCAUAGGCUACGAAAAGCUCACUGAUACUGCCCCAGGUGACACUGACAUGCAGUGGGAGACUCAUGCUAAGCGAAGAGGUGUACUGGUCUGGCUGGAGCUCGCAGCGUUGGUUGGUUUUGUCUUUGUCGGCUUUGAGUGCAGUGUAGAUAGAGGGAAGCUCAUCAAGGUGCGGGUACUUUUUUCGCAAGUCGACGAUAUGAGAGAACGAGUCAGGGUCUGACGAGUCGUAGGCAUAGCAAAUGAGAUCGCAGGCGUCCAGUUUGGCUCGGUUCUCGAGGAUUGCAGGUUCAAGCUCACCAAGCUCCUCCAGAAUAAGAUAGACUUGCUUUCCACCAGGCAACUCGACACUGUUUACUGCGCGGCGGGGUUUGAUGGUCGGAUGGUAUAGACCAUAAAAUGGUCGAUUGAGGAAUGAGUCAAGAAGAGCAGACUUUCCUGCACCUGAUGCACCAAGAACGUAGCAGAGCACUACGUUGCGCUCGACUCGGCCAAGACGGCUUCUCCUCUUACGAGGCUUUGUGAUCUUGAGUGCAGCGGUGAUGGAGUCCUUGGGAUUCGAAGGCUCAAAACCAAGAUAGGCAAGAUAUUCGAUAGUAGUCUUGGGUUCAAUGAAAGUUGUCAUGCUCCACUGAGCAAGCCAGCCUUGAAGAGUAACAUGGCCAGCCUCGUU